CCGCAAGCCGCCGUUUGUCCGGUGGCAUGAAGGCUAUGAUCUUCUUGACUGGCUUGGCUUCUUUUUCGGUUUCCAGCGCGACAACGUCCGUAACCAGCGUGAGCACCUCGUUCUCCUCCUCGCCAACGCACAUAUGCGCAUCCAGCCUCCACCAGACAACAUCGACGCCCUUGACCCAAACGUCGCUCGCCGUCUCCGCCGCAAGCUUCUCAAAAACUACACCGCUUGGUGUUCCUACCUCGGUCGGAAACCUAACGUCUGGAUCUCCGACAGCCAUCGCCGCUCCGCCGCAGCUGCUCCAGACUACUCUCGUCGCGACCUGCUGUACACUGCCCUUUACCUUCUCGUCUGGGGUGAAGCUGCUAACCUCCGCUUCGUCCCCGAAUGCCUCUCCUACAUCUUUCACCACAUGGCCAUGGACCUAAACCGCAUCCUUGAGGAUUACAUCGACGGAAACACUGGACUUCCCGCUAUUCCGGCGAUUACCGGCGAGAACGCCUUCCUCAACCGUGUCGUCAAGCCAAUCUACGCCACCAUAAAAGCUGAGGUUGACUCGAGCCGCAAUGGCACCGCACCCCACUCCGCCUGGCGAAAUUACGAUGACAUCAACGAGUAUUUCUGGUCUCGCCGUUGUUUUGACCGGCUUGGAUGGCCACUCGAUCUCUCCAAGAACUUUUUCGCCUUUCCUCCGGAUCGUAAUCGCGUCCGCAAGACCGGCUUCGUCGAGCAGCGCUCAUUUUGGAACCUCUUCCGUAGCUUUGACCGCCUGUGGGUAAUGCUCAUUCUCUAUCUUCAGGCGGCCAUCAUUGUGGCGUGGGAAGGUAAAACCUAUCCCUGGCAGAAUCUACAGAGCCGUGACGUUCAGGCGAGGGCCCUGACCAUAUUCAUCACUUGGGCUGGUCUACGCUUCCUACAGUCCAUUUUGGAUGCUGGAACGCAGUACAGCCUUGUCCGUAGGGAGACCAUGUGGCUUGGAGUGAGGAUGGUGCUCAAGAGUGUAGUGGCUGCUGCUUGGGCUGUGGUUUUCGGCAUUCUGUAUGCUAGGGCUUGGGACCAGAAAAACAGAGACCGCAGGUGGUCUCCAGCGGCCAACCAGAGGUUAGUGAACUAUUUGGAGGCUGCUGGGGUGUUUGUACUUCCGGAGGUGAUUGCCAUUGUCCUUUUCAUUCUCCCUUGGAUCCGGAACUUCCUUGAGAAGACAAACUGGAGGAUCUUUUAUGCGCUUACUUGGUGGUUUCAAACCCGUACUUUUGUAGGUCGUGGGCUGAGGGAAGGGCUUGUUGACAACGUGAAGUAUGCCUUGUUUUGGGUUCUUCUUCUAGCCGUCAAGUUCACUUUCAGCUACUUCCUUCAGAUAAAACCAAUGAUCUCUCCAAGCAAAUCCAUCUACAAGCUUCAUAUCACCGAGUAUCAUUGGCAUGAGCUCUUUAGUAGGACCAAUAGAUUUGCUGUUUUUCUUUUGUGGCUCCCGGUUGUGCUGGUCUAUCUUUUGGAUAUUUCAAUCUGGUAUUCAAUUUUUUCAUCCCUUGUUGGAGCUCUGGUGGGGCUUUUCUCACACAUUGGUGAAAUUAGGAAUGUCCAGCAGCUAAGGUUGAGGUUUCAGUUUUUUGCAGAUGCAAUGCAGUUCAAUCUGAUGCCUGAGGAGCAGCUCUUCCGUGACAGGGGUACACUAAAGAGCAAGUUCAAAGAUGCUGUCUUACGUCUAAAGCUCAGAUAUGGAUUGGGGCGGCCUUACAAGAAGAUUGAAUUAAACCAGGUUGAAGCCAACAGGUUUGCCUUGAUAUGGAAUGAAAUUGUGGCUACGUUCAGGGAGGAGGAUAUUAUCAGUGACCGAGAGUUGGAACUUUUGGAACUGCCACCGAAUUCUUGGAGCAUCCGGGUGAUUCGUUGGCCUUGCCUCUUACUCUGCAAUGAGCUUCUUUUGGCUCUUAGCCAGGCGAAGGAACUGGUAGCAUCAGACCGUCGGCAUUGGAGAAAGAUAUGCAAAAAUGAGUAUAGGCGCUGUGCUGUUGUGGAGGCAUAUGAUAGCAUCAAAUACUUGCUGCUUAAGAUCAUCAAAGAGGGAACCGAGGAGCACAAAAUUGUGUCACAUCUAUUCUUAUUGUUUGAUUAUGCCAUCAAUGAUGAGAAAUUGACCUCUGAGUAUAAAAUGGCGGUUUUACCAGUCCUUCACUCCAAGCUGAUCACUCUCCUUGAUCAACUUCUUAAACCAAAGAAGGAUCUGAACAAAGUGGUGAAUACAUUACAGACUUUGUAUGAUGUUGCCAUACGUGAUUUUCCUACUAAGAAGCAAAACAUCGAACAGCUAAAGCAAGCAGGACUGGUGCCUGUGGGACCAACUGCUUCUGGUCUUCUAUUUGAGAAUGUUAUCGAAUUGCCUGAUGCAGAAGACACAAAUUUUUACAAGCAAGUGAGACGGUUGCACACGAUUUUAACAUCCAGGGAUUCUAUGAAUGAUGUGCCCAAGAAUCUAGAGGCUCGGAGACGAAUGUCCUUUUUCAGCAACUCCUUGUUCAUGAACAUGCCGAGGGCUCCACAAGUUGAGAAAAUGUUUGCCUUCAGUGUUCUUACGCCGUAUUAUAAUGAAGAUGUAUUGUUCAGCAAGGAGCAGCUCCGCACAGAGAAUGAAGACGGCAUUUCCAUCUUAUUUUAUCUGCAAAAGAUUUAUGAUGAUGAAUGGGCUAACUUUUUAGAACGAAUGCGGGGUGAAGGAAUGGCUGAUGAGUCUGAUAUAUGGGGCGAGAAGUUGAGGGAGCUUCGUCUUUGGGCCUCCAAUCGGGGCCAGACUCUCACUCGCACGGUCAGGGGAAUGAUGUACUACUAUAAGGCUCUCAAGAUGCUUACUUUUCUUGAUUCUGCUUCUGAGGUGGACAUUAGAGAAGGGUCGCGAGAACUUUCUUUACUUGGUUCUUCUCGGGAGAAUGUUGUGGAUAGUUUAGGGGAUUCUUUUAGGUCUGUUUCAGCACGGAAUCUGAGCAGAGCAAGCAGUGGGGUGAGUCUAUUAUUCAAAGGCCAUGAAUAUGGGACAGCCCUCAUGAAGUAUACAUAUGUUGUUGCCUGUCAGAUAUAUGGACAGCAGAAGGCAAAGAAAGACCCUCAUGCUGAAGAAAUUUUAUAUCUAAUGAAGAAUAAUGAAGCACUUAGGGUGGCCUAUGUUGAUGAAGUUCACACAGGGAGGGAGGAAGUGGAGUAUUAUUCUGUUCUUGUCAAAUAUGACCAGCAGCUGCAGAGAGAGGUAGAGAUAUACCGAGUCAGGUUGCCUGGUCCAUUGAAGCUUGGUGAGGGCAAGCCAGAGAACCAGAAUCAUGCUCUCAUUUUCACAAGAGGUGAUGCAGUGCAGACUAUAGAUAUGAACCAAGACAAUUACUUUGAAGAGGCCCUCAAGAUGCGGAAUCUUUUGGAAGAAUACCGACAUAGCUAUGGUGCAAGAAAGCCAACAAUUUUAGGUGUCCGAGAGCAUGUAUUUACCGGUUCUGUCUCAUCACUUGCUUGGUUCAUGUCUGCACAGGAAACUAGCUUCGUCACUCUUGGACAGCGGGUUCUAGCAAAUCCUCUGAAGGUGAGGAUGCAUUAUGGACACCCCGAUGUUUUUGACCGCCUAUGGUUUUUGGGCCGUGGGGGUAUUAGCAAGGCCUCCAGAGUCAUCAACAUCAGUGAGGAUAUAUUUGCAGGCUUUAACUGCACAUUGCGUUGUGGUAAUGUAACUCAUCAUGAGUAUAUCCAGGUUGGUAAGGGUCGUGAUGUGGGUCUGAAUCAAAUUUCAAUGUUUGAAGCGAAGGUUGCUAGUGGAAACGGAGAGCAGGCUUUAAGCAGGGAUGUCUAUAGACUUGGCCAUAGGUUGGACUUUUUCAGGAUGCUUUCCUUUUAUUACACGACUGUUGGAUUUUACUUCAACACCAUGCUGGUUGUCCUAACCGUGUAUGCAUUUGUAUGGGGUCGGCUAUAUCUGGCACUUAGUGGGCUUGAGGCUGCAAUAAAGAAUUAUGCUGACUCUACAAGCAAUACUGCUCUCGGCACCGUUCUAAAUCAACAGUUCAUUAUUCAGCUUGGUAUUUUCACUGCCUUGCCAAUGGUGGUAGAAAACUCUCUUGAGCAUGGAUUCCUAGGGGCAGUGUGGGAUUUUUUGACCAUGCAGAUUCAGCUUGCAUCUGUUUUUUACACCUUCUCCAUGGGAACUAAAACUCAUUAUUUUGGGCGGACAAUCCUUCACGGAGGUGCCAAAUAUAGAGCUACUGGUCGCGGUUUUGUUGUGCAGCACAAGAGUUUUUGUGAGAACUACAGGCUUUAUGCUCGAAGCCAUUUCAUUAAGGCUAUAGAGCUUGGUGUUAUACUAACGUUGUAUGCAUCAUAUAGUGCCAUUGCGAAGAACACUGUCGUUUACAUAGUGAUGACAAUCUCAUCAUGGUUUCUGGUGGUUUCAUGGAUAAUGGCUCCUUUUGCUUUCAACCCUUCUGGUUUUGAUUGGCUGAAGACCGUUGAUGACUUUGAUGAUUUUUUGAGUUGGAUAUGGUACCGUGGUGGGAUAUUUGCAAAAUCAGAGCAGAGUUGGGAGAAGUGGUGGGAGGAAGAACAAGAUCAUUUACGUACCACUGGCCUUUGGGGAAAAUUAUUGGAGAUAGUUCUUGAUCUGAGAUUCUUUUUCUUUCAGUAUGGCAUUGUCUUUCAGCUUAAUAUUGCCAGUGAUAGCAAAAGCAUUAUUGUUUACUUUCUCUCAUGGAUCUAUGUGCUGGUUGCUUUUGGAGUUUUCUUGAUAAUGGGCUAUGCUCGUGAUAAGUAUGCAGCAAAAGAACAUGUCUACUAUAGGACCGUCCAAGCUUUGAUCAUCACUCUUGCUAUUUUGGUGAUUGUUAUAUUGCUCAAGUUCACCGAUUUUGGUAUCAUUGAUAUUUUUACUAGCCUUUUAGCAUUAAUUCCAACAGGGUGGGGCAUGAUUUUGAUAGCUCAGGUGAUGAAACCACUCAUUAAGACCACUGUGGUCUGGAAUACAGUUGUAGCUGUGGCUCGGCUAUAUGAUAUGAUGUUUGGAAUCAUUGUCAUGGCUCCUGUCGCACUAUUGUCUUGGUUACCUGGAUUCCAGGCAAUGCAGACAAGGAUUCUGUUCAACGAAGCAUUCAGUAGGGGUCUCCAAAUAUCUCGUAUCAUUACCGGGAAGAAAGCUAAUUUUGAUUUGUAGAACAUGGUUCGGUGCAAUUUUCGCUGGUCUGGUCGGGGCUCUGUAUAGCUGCUGGCUCCGGCUUUGGUCUUGUGCAGUCUGUUUUUCUCACUCUUGGCUUUUGGAUUUUUUUGAUAUAUUUUACUAUUGAGUUAGUAUUAUUCUAUAUCCUUUCUAUAUUCUUGUAGUUUUUAUGUAAUUAUUCGAGCACUAAUUUGAAAUUUGAUAUUUUCAAUCAGUAGAUAUUUAAAUUUGGGUAAGACACUAAAUU